AUGACCGCAGAUACCCGGGUCAAGGAGCGGCGGUCUCGCACUAGUCCGUAUAAUCGGCUGGUCACCAUUGCGGUAGCCUUUGGUUCCUUUACGUACGGAUACUGCUCUGCCAUCAUCGGCAGCACCAUCGGCCAGCCAGGAUGGUAUGAGUACUUCGGGCUGCCCAUGCAGGGCGAGCCCGGCUAUGGCACCACGACCACGCAGGCCAUUGCCACUGCCAACGGAUUGUACAGCGCCGGAGGAGCCGUCGGCAGCCUGUUCAUCAUGUGGGCGGCUUCAGCUCUGGGCAGAAAGCUCUCUAUCCAGAUGGGUGCAGCUUGCGCCGUUGUUGGCGGUGCGUUCCAAGGAGGAGCGGCUGCUUUGGCCAUGUUCCACGUCGGCCGGGUGGUUUCCGGCCUCGGUAUUGGUAUCCUCGUCACCGCGUGUCCCAUGUAUCUCUCUGAACUGGCGCCCCCUGACAGGAGAGGCUGGCUGGUCGGCCACCACGCCAUCUUCCUCGUGUUCGGCUACAUGCUCUCUGGCUGGCUGGGCUUCGCGUGCUACUUUGCCACGGAGGAGAACCCGUCGUUUGCGUGGCGGUUUCCGCUUUGUGUGCAGUGCUUGUCGCCGCUUGUGUUGCUGGUCACGUCGAUCUGGAUCCCGCGCUCGCCGCGGUGGCUCCUCCAGACGGGCCGCGUCGAGGAGGCGUGGAGGGUUCUGCGGGAGUUGCGCAGGGCGCCUCAUGAUCCGGAUGAUUUGACGGCCAAGGAGGAGCUGUACCAGGUCAAGAUGCAGAUUGCGUUGGACGCCCAGAAGCUCAGGGCCAUGGGGUGUACGCCCUGGACGGCUGUGAUCAAGAAGAAGAGCUAUAGGAAACGCAUGGUGAUUGGGUUUUUGACGCAGUGGGGGGCGGAAUUUGCUGGCCCUCUGGUCAUUAACAACUAUUCCGUCAUCCUGUACACCAAUCUCGGGCAGACAAACUACAUGCCCCUCCUCCUGUCGGCACUAUGGCUCACAACAGCCGGUCUGAUUUACAACCCCCUCGGCGCAUGGCUACACGACAAGGUCAACUCCCGGCGGUGGAUGUUCAUAACGGGCCUGUUCGGCUGUCUCAUUACAACAUCAGGUCUGGUCGGGUGCAUUGCGCAGUACGGAGGAACCUCCAACCAGGCCGGCAACGCGGCAGGCGUCUUUUUCGUCUUUUUAUACCUCACCUUCCAAGGAACGCUUUGCGACACAACCAUGUACCUCUACGUGUCGGAAAUCUUCCCUACGGAGAUCCGUCCCAUUGGCAUGGGUUUCUCCCUCUUUGGCCAGUUCGCCUCAACCAUUAUCCUGCUGCAGACAGCCCCCAUUGGCAUCGACCAAGUCGGCUGGAAGUACUACCUCGUCAUCAUCGCCUGGUGCAUCUUCUUCAUCCCCAUUGUGUACUUCUUCUUCCCUGAGACGGCGAGGCUUUCGCUGGAGGAGAUCUCGGCCAGGUUCGGGGAUGACGUCGCCGUGCAUGUGAAUGAUGUGUCGGCGGCGCAGAGGAAUGAGCUGGAUGAGUUUUUGAAGAGGAAUGACGUUACGGCUUUGGCUAAGGAAGACGGCUACGUUGCCGAGAAGGGUGAGAUGGAGCAAGCGGACAAGGCUUGA